UUCUCCCCUUCCAUAAAGUGGUGAAACGCAAAUAGUGAUGGCGUUUGAAGAGGUAAGAGUUGUUAAAUCAAAAGCAAAAAAGCCUUCCUCCAGAUUUGACUCUCCGGCGCUGUCCUCUUCCGCAUUGAACAGGCGAUUCUCAUUUCUUCAGUUCUUGAAGUAGCACCGGUAUUGUAUGGCUUCCUUCAGAGCAUUUUGGAACAGUCCAAUGGGUCCCAAAACUACUCACUUUUGGGGACCUGUUGCCAACUGGGGAUUUGUGGCAGCUGGAUUGGCUGACAUGAAGAAACCUCCAGAAAUGAUCUCUGGCAACAUGACAGGAGCAAUGUGUAUCUAUUCAGCAUUGUUCAUGAGAUUUGCAUGGAUGGUACAGCCACGCAAUUAUCUACUUUUUGCUUGUCAUGCCUCGAAUGAGACUGUUCAACUUUAUCAAUUCUCUCGAUGGGCAAGGGCAGAGGGGCAUCUGUCUGAUAAGAAGGAGGAAACUUCAUCUCAGUAACAUGAUGAUAACGCUUUCCUCGGUGUAGUGAUUUAAAAGAUUUUGCAUUUGAACUCGUCGACGUUUGAAUAAGUGACCAGUGGUGGUAAGAAGGGCCUUGUGGAAACUGCUAAGGAUUCAGGCCUAGUUAAGCAGAAGUCUAAAUUAUUUGAAGGCAUGGGUGGGUUUUAUAUGUCCAACAUAUUGACUGACCCAUGAUUUUUUAAUCUUAAAGCAUAAACAGAUUUGUCUAUUUCUGAAAUUCAUUUCAAUUUCAAACUACUAACUUAAAAUUGAGUGUUGAGGAUUGUACUGUGA